AGGGAAUUCACUCUCACUUCAGGGGCACGACGACGUUUGAACCAUGUGCUUGAGUUAGACCCAAACAAUAUAGUAGUAAGUUAUCUUUGUUAUGCAGUUCAUUUCAAAUCGAGCUUCCGCUGAUGCUAUACUCUACAGGAAAUAUCUUUACGCAACAUACCCUUAUUCCCAGUUAAAUGUUGGCGGUCUUCUGUGAACAACAUUUUCACUCACAACAUAAUGACAGUCGACCAAGAUAACAUUUUCUUCAAACGUCUUUUGGACCUGGUUCCACCUCAAGUGUACUUCAACGAAGACGAAAAAAUCCAGAUUAGAAACAAAGGCCAGAAUGAUGAUAAAGAUGGACAUCCUAGCAAAAAGAAAAAGACCAAGAAGCACAAAUGUGAUGACCCUGUUAAAAAAGAAUCUGUUACAAAACUACAGGCGACAUUAAAUGCUAUAGAGGACAAGAUCAAAGCAAAGAAAGAGAGCAAGAAGAAAAAGAAAAAGGAAAAACAGCCCAACUUCCAGACUAACAUUCAGGAGCUACAGGAAAAGCUGAAAGCAAGGAUAGAGGAGCUUCAAGCAAAGCGAGCAGGCACGCUGACUGAAGCAGAAAAGCAGGAGGAGAAAAGUUUGAGGCGAAAGCAAAAGAAGCUAACUGUCAAAGCAAAGAAACAGAAAAAGGCAAAGGCAAAAAGCAGUGAUGCCUCUGGCACACCUGUUGUGGUCUCUACCUCGUCAGCCUCACAAAAAGGUUCAAGAGGCAUCUCCUCAGAAAAAGAAGGGAAAAUGCUGUUUAGCAAGUUUGAAAUUCCCAAGUCCAGUCACGAAAAAGAUACUCACAAGAGCAAGCUUGUUGGCAAAGACUACAAACGUCUUUUGAUGAAAUUGGAACAGCGCGAUGCCAAGAUUGCAAAGGUCAAAGAAAAGGACCCUGCUGCAGCCACAAAACUUGAAGAGAAAUAUGUCUGGCAGGACGUUUUGAGCAAAGCCAGGGGUGAAAAAGUAAAGGAUGAUCCAGGCUUAUUGAAAAAAGCUCUGAAGAGGAAAGAAAAAAUAAAAUCUAUUCAUAAGAAAAAAUGGGGAGACAGGCAGAAGACUGUUAAUAAACAGAAAAAGACACAGCAGGAAAAGCGAACAAGAAACAUUGAGGCUCGCAAAGAUGCUAAGAAAGAAAAGAAACGCAAAAAACUAAUUAAGAAAGGAAGAUUGCUGCCAGGACUUUAAGCAAUGCUGAGUGCAAAAAGUCUGGCAAUGAUUUUAUUGUGUAAAAUAAAAUUUUCAUGCUGUAAUAAAAACUUCAUGUUUCGCUGUCA